AUGGAUUUAACGUUAUUAUCUAGUGACAGUGACAGUGAUUUGGAAAUGCUAGCUCAAUUAUCCGACUGUAGUGAUGAAGAUGAAACCCAACGCCGCUCUCCAAAGAGAAUCAGAAGAGUGAAUUAUACGCAAAGUCUCGAUGACGGUGAUUUUACCUUUAGGUUUCGAUUGAACAAACAUGCGUUCAAUUCUUUAUUGUUAGAAAUAACCCCGUUAUUACGCGUAACUUCCACGAGAAAUUAUGGAGUAUCACCAUUGCAUCAACUUUUGUUGACUCUACGGUUUUAUGCACUAGGCACAAUGUUGAUAUCCGUAGCAGAUUUUGUUGGAGUUUCAAAAUCUACAGCAGGCAGAAUAGUGCGAGACACAUCAUUAGCAAUUGCCCAAUUAUAUGAUAAAUAUAUUUAUGUUCACCAAAGGAGUGCAGACAAAUUCUAUAGAAUUGCUGGAUUUCCUCGUGUGCUUGGGGCAAUUGAUGGCACACAUAUCCGCAUACAGUCUCCUUGCCAUUUAACAGGUGAAGAAUACAGAAAUCGCAAGGGUUACUUUUCUAUAAAUGUUCAAGGGGUUUGUGAUGCAGAUUUGAAAUUUAUAAAUGUUGUGGCUCGUUGGCCUGGUUCUACGCAUGAUGCAACAAUAUUUAAUAACUCUGUUCUGAGAGCUGAAUGUGAUGCAGGCCAAUUUGGAAAUCGCUGGUUACUUGGAGAUAGUGCCUAUCCUAACAGGCCGUAUUUAUUAACACCUAUUCUAAAUCCAGUUUCUGAAGCUGAACAUAGGUACAAUGAAAUUAAAACUAGAAAUACCAUUGAACGAGCAUUUGGAGUAUGGAAACGUAGGUUCCCUGUUGUAGCACUUACACUACGUUUGUCAAUACCAAAUAUGCAGGCAGUAAUAAUAGCAACAACAGUCCUACAUAAUAUUUGCAGAAAUCACAAUCUCACAGAAAUCCCCUCUGAAGUAGAACUACCGUCUAUUGACAACAGUACAAUGCCUCAUAAUGUUAUUGACGAUAUUCCUACAAUGCACCGGACUGAUAUAAUAAAUAACUAUUUUAGGACAUUGUAG